GCCUGAUUGCCUAGAGACUGUGGCCGCGCGCGAGGAAAACUAACCAAAACGUUGCCAAAGUAGGCUGCGCCACGGGCUUCUUCACGAUGCUGCUGCUGAGGAAAAAUUUGCUCUGCUGGUUGCUCCUGUCAGCCAUAUUGGUGAAAACGGUGUACUGCGUGCCAACGGUGGCCGUUACCGAGGCCGACGACGAGAACGAUUCGGAGUGGGACGAGGACGAGGAGUCAUCGGAGGCGGACGACGACGGGCGUGUUUACAAGAAUCCCAGGAAUUCACCUUCGACCGAGUGCCCGCGGGACGAGGAGCAAGCGACGCUGCUGGGCCAGAAGUGUCUGCGCAAGUGUUCGUCGGACGAGGACUGCAAGAGCAAAAAGAAGAAAUGUCUGUGCGACGGGGCCUGCGGAAUGUCGUGCAUCAAGCCGGAUCGCGAGUGUCCCGAUCUACCGCAACCGAGCCUCGGCUCGGUGACGCUGUCCGGGAAGCACUUUGGAUCGCGGGCCACCUACAGCUGCCCGCACGGGUAUCACGUCGUUGGACUGCAGAGCCGACUCUGCCAGGCGGAUGGCAGCUGGGCCGGUAGUGAGCCGGUUUGCAAGCAGAACAUUUACUGUCUGGAGCCACCGACCAUCGAGCACGCGAGACACUCGGCCCUUCCGGAGCAGGCUACGUUUGACCUCGACUCGACGGUCCAGUACCACUGUCACACCGGAUACGCCACGGCCGGCUUUCCGCGGGCCAAGUGUUUGGCCGUCGACGGACAGGCUAGCUGGUACGGACCGGAUAUAUCCUGCGAACCCCGUUCUUGUGGCCAGCCACCGGAUCCUGCGCACGGCUGGCACGCCGGCGAGAGCUACACCUUCGGUGGCAAGGUUACCUAUCAUUGCGGCGAAGGAUACGAGCUGGUUGGGCGCGCCGAACGCUACUGCCAAGCGGACGGAUCGUGGACCCCGAAGGAGCUGCCGACCUGUGUUCUCGUAACGUCGGUGCAGUGCCCUUCCCCGGAGAACCCCCGAAACGGGAAGGCCAUUUACACCAGCACCUCGUACAACUCGGUGGUGAGCUACGAGUGUCGCUACGGAUACACGUUGGUCGGCGAGAGCUCUCGGCGCUGCGGGGCCGACAAGCGUUGGACCGGAACGUUACCGGCGUGCAAAGAAAUCAACUGUGGCCACCCGGGAACCCUGUACAAUGGGUGGCUGGAGAACAUAGAGAGUGGAACCGGACUCGGGGCGAGCAUCAUCUUCCGCUGCCACCCGGAGAUGCUGCUCGUGGGCAACACAUCCUCGGUGUGUCAGAUCGAUGGCCGCUGGCGGUACCCGCUGCCCCAGUGUUUGGCUCCGUGUGUCGUCCCGUCCAUCUCCCAGGGCCAGGUCAUACCGAUCGAGUUCGACAUCGACGUGAACGCUACGACGGUGGUACCGGUGGUGGGUGCUGGCGCUGGCAGCAGCAGCUCGAAGGUUAAGCACGGUACCGUGCUGGAGGUAAUGUGCGACGAGCACUACGAGUUCCCGUUCUCUUCCCUGUCACCGCCGACCUGUAACAACGGCACCUGGAGCGUGAUUCCACGGUGUGCUCCGGCGCGCUGCAAGACGAUGCCGAAGCCGCCCAAGUUUGGCAUGGUGCUGGCCCCAAAAACGGAGCACGGUAUGCGGGCUCGGUUCAAGUGCAAGGACGGCUACAAUCUAACGGCACCGGGUGGGAAAGGUAUAGCGGAUCCGAACAGCUACGUGUUGAUCUGUUCGUUCGGUAACUGGACGGGCGAGAUGCCGCAGUGCACCGAAGUGUACUGCCAGUUCCCGGGCUACAUCCCGAACGGGAAGGUGCUGCUCGUGGGCAACAUGGGCCUGUACGAUUACCGGCCGUACGUGCGGAAGGUGAUCAACAACAAACAGAUUAUGUACGAGUGCGACAAGGGGUACGUGAUCGAGAGUGGGCCCCCGGGGGCCACCUGUAUCGGGGGCAAGUGGAGCCCGACGGAGCUGCCGAUGUGCAUCCCGGGCCAGCAUCCGCGGCUGCGGUGGAACCGCCGGCGUCGAUCGCUCGACCUGCGGAGGCGCUACCAGCGGUCGCACCACCUGAAACAGCACUAUCGCAGCCUGCAGCGGAAGCUGGCGGAGCAUGAAGCGUACCAGCGGAUGUACCCGGCGGUGGCCGGGCACCGGUUGGUCAAGAGGGCCCCUGCUCCUAAGCGCCACUACACGUUUAAUGAUUUUCAGCGAUUGCGUGCCAAACGAACGCUGAGGCUGCGUGGUGGUGGCCAUUACGAGCCGCAACUGGUUUCGAUGCGCCAACGCCGGGAGCUGUCGGAGGUGGAGAAAGCCUACAGCAAGUACUAUGAGCGCAUCAAGGCCAAGUACCGGAACUACGUGCAGAACCUGAUCGGGUCGAACAAGGCGCGGACGAUGCAGAUGCACGACGAUAUCCACGUGCAGGAUGGCCGAUGGCACGCGUAUCCCGAGUCCACCGCCGACAUGGUGGGUCACAGCCGCGGAACGCAGAACGGCCGGGACCGUGAGCAGCCGGCGGUACCGACACGAGCUCCACCGACCGGCACGCGUCGUCCCCGGCCUGGCAAGGGGAAGCUGAACAAAACGAAGAAACCUAGGGUUCCACCGCCGAUCGCCAUCCCGGACAUUAACGAGCAGUCACGCUACAAGCUAGACUUUAUCGAGAGCGGCGAAAGCAAUCGCACGAUGGCCGGACUGCUGAACGAGAACGAUAUCUACAGCAACUACUUUCCGCCACCGCUGACCGGUCGGUACCACACCAGCUGGCAGUUUGCGUCGGAAGUGACGCCCAGUCACCGGACCGAGGGGAACAUCUACCGUGGCGGGCCUCAGUAUCGGCGUAACGCAACGGAAAGCUACCCGGAGGAUCCGAUCAGUCUGAUGGAGAAGCUACAGUCGCAGAUCAUACGCCGGAAGCGUGAUGCCAAGGAACCACCGGCGACGAUGCUGGACAACGGGUCCAUGGAGGAGACCAAGCGCGGACAGAAGGCUAACCGGAAGGCGCAGAAUCACACCAGCGCCGACGCGGACAGUCUGGAUCCGGCGAGGAAGCUAAAGUUUAAGGGUCCGUGCGAACCGCUCGCCAGCGAACCGUACGCCCAGCUGGAGAUUGUACGGCCCGGCAAGGACCCGAACGAGACAUUCGGCCCCGGCACGAUCGUGCGCGUGAUCUGUACGAAGGGGUACGUGUCGAACAUUGUGAACCCGAACGCGACCUCCAAGUGUGUCCGCGGUCGCUGGAAGCCCACGAAGCCAACGUGCAGUAUGAAGCCCUGCUUUGUGCCCUCGACCGAGCACGGCAAGUACUACGAGGCGUCCGUGGAUCUGACGACGAUCGAUACGGUCAAACCGAUGACGGCCGCCCUCACACCGAUGGAGAUGACCGAGAAUGGCAAGAUGAUUAACUUCCAGUGCGAUCACGGUUACAACACGCAGGGUCCGUCAAGUUUGCGCUGCUGGAACGGUGAAUGGGCCGUCAGCUCGUUGCCGGAGUGUUUGCCGGCUCCUUGCGUGCUGCCACCGAUUAUGCACGCGAUGUAUCAGGGUGGGUAUCGGGCCGGAUUGACCAUCGCCCACGGCAGCUCGGUGAUGAUACAGUGCGAGAGUGGUAUGGGCAGUGUGGCCGCAGUGCAGAUGGACUGUGCGUUGGGCUCGCUGACACCGGAAACGAUCAACUGCGGGUACAUUUCGUCGAGAAAAUCGCGCGACGACGACAGCAGCUCAAUCAUCGUGCUGGACGGCAACAACGUGACAUCGUCGGAGGACGAGAACGAUGGGCGAGAGUGCGGUCCGCCCGGGAAGACACACGGUUCGCUGGUGUACAAGAACGGCGAGCAGCUCGACGAAGGCAGCGACGAAGGGUUCCCGUCCGGGACGGAGAUCACGUUCGAUUGUAUUGCGUCGAUCACCGGCGAACAGACUACGUGGAAGAUUAUCUGCGAGGAUGGCCAGUGGAUUGGCCGUUCGAUGAAUUGCGAUGAUGACGAUCCACUGUUCCACCGGAUACCGUCGGCCAACGGGUCGUGCAUGUUCCGCAACAACGAGCCGCACGUGGUCAGCUUCUACAAUGAUCUGGAAAUCCGGGAGGACAUCGUGGAGCUACCGCCGGGGACGACGAUCAUAUCAAGGUGCGUGGAUAUUGGCAAGUACGCCAUGAUUGGAACGAGCGUGCGGACGUGCGUACGGUCGGAGUGGAGCGGCCAGAAGCCGUCGUGUUUCGGGCUGAACCAGGAGAACGAUUACGCAAUGGAAAAGCCGCCCACGAUACUGAUACGGCACCAGAACGGGCCGAUUGCGCAGAGCAACGACGGGAAGCUGAUCGUGUACCCGGGCACGACGGUGCACCUGGAGUGCCUGUGGAUGCGCCGCUUCGGCAACCCGAAAUGGAACGUCAGCCACGACUAUCGCAAGUAUCCGGAGGGCUGGAGCUCGGACGAGGGCCGUGAUCCGCAGCUGGAGUUUCGCAUCAGCAUCAUGCACGCCGUCAAGGACGACUCCGGGAGCUUCACGUGCGUGACUCCGGCCCGCCACACGCACACCGUCGAGGUCGUCGUCAAGGCCGUGCACUGCAACGAGAUCCAGGUACGCCGAGGACUGUCGGCCAGCACUGGGGAAACGAUGAUGGGCACGAGGGUGUUGUUUUCGUGCACGAACGGUAACGCCCUGAUUGGGACGCCCGAAAUCACGUGUCUACCGAGCGGCAACUGGAGCGCCCCGCUGCCGGUCUGCGAGAGCGUCGAGUGCGGCGAGGUGCCGAUCCAGCCGAGCAGCAAUGGGUCCGCCCCGCGGGUCGCCAUCUUGUCGCGCGAGGUGGGUGGCCGGGCCGCGUUCUCCUGUCCGCUCGGCUACGGGCUCCGCGGUCCCAGCGAGGCCAUCUGCCUGCCGACCGGCGAGUGGGGCGCACCGUUCCCGUCCUGCGUAGAGGUACAGUGCUUCCACCCGGGCGCCCCACAGAACGGGUACGCCCAGGGUACACCACCGUACCGGGCCGGCGACGUGGUCCAGUUCAACUGCAACCCGGAGUACAUGAUGCAGGGGCAGCCCAUCAUCGCCUGCCAGGAUAAUGGGCGCUGGUCCGGCGGGUUGCCCAAGUGCGUCCAAGCGUGCUCCUACCCGGGGACAGCCAUCAGCGGGCGGAUGUCGUCGGUGAAGUUCUACUACUCGAUCGGCGAAAGCAUCACGUUCACGUGCGACGCCGGGCUGGAGCUGCGCGGGGCCAAGAUGUUGAAGUGUCUGAAGAACGGCAAGUGGUCCAACGCCAUCCCGACCUGCGUCAACCCGGACGCGGUGAACGUGCGCACCGACGCGAAGGGUGUCUUCAAGCGGGACAACUAG